GACGGGCGUGCUGUGGCCCCGCCUGGCGCCCACUCUGUUGCUUCCUGGCGCGCACUCGUGAAGUAGGGGAGCGGCGAACGCCUCUGCCCAGCCUGCGCUCCUGCCAGGACUCCGCGUGAGUCUGCCGCGUCCUGCCUGCCCCGGCCCGGCCAGCCUCAGGACGCCCGGUGGACCCAGGGGUUGCGGGGUCGUGGGCACUCGGCGCGCCGAGGCACGCCGCCUUUGGGCCCGGCCGCUACUGCUGGCUUCAAACGCAGACCCGGAGCUCGAGGACGCAGGUGUCCAGUUUCCUUUGACCUUGAGGACCCGGGAAGGUUCUAUGUGCCAUGGCUAUGACCAGUGUCAGAUUGCCUGCCAGCGUUUUGAGAAAGCCAGAUGCCUGGAUUGGACUCUGGGGAGCACUACAAGGGACACCUUCGUACAAACUCUGUGCUUCCUGGAAUCGAUACUUAUAUUUUUCUAGUACCAAGUUAAACACAUCAAAUUGUAAAACAUUUUUCCAUAACGUUUUCUCACGGAGACUCCCCAGGCUUUUCAUAUCGCCAGAAUAUAUUUUCCCAUUUUCCAUAAGACUCAAAAGUAAUACAGGCUCUAAAAAAUCCACUGAAAAGACUCUGCAGAAAGCUGCAGCUGAAGAGGACUCUGAUGAGGAGAGCCACGGCGAGAUGAGUGAGCGGGAGGAGGAGCUGGAGGACGACCCUAGUGUGGUCAGAGACUAUAAAGACCUGGAGAAAGUAGUGCAGUCUUUUCGGUACGAUGUUAUCCUAAAGACAGGCCUAGAUGUUGGAAGAAACAAAGUGGAAGAUGCGUUCUACAAAGGCGAACUCAGGCUGAAUGGGGAAAAAUUAUGGAAGAAAAGCAGAACGGUGAAAGUGGGAGAUACAUUGGAUCUUCUAAUUGGAGAGGAUAAAGAAGCAGAAACAGAGACAGUGAUGAGGGUUCUCCUGAAAAAAGUGUUGGGAGAGAAAACUGAAAGCGAGAAGUACAGAGUGGUGUUACGCCGGUGGAAAAAGUUAAAGUUGCCUAAAAAGAGUAUGUCUAAAUAAAUGAAUUGCUUUCUAUCAAUAAA